CAGAAAAAUAGACAAAUGAGAUCAAAAUGGUGCAUGAACAACAAAUCGGAUCUCGAAUUUUUAGAGAACCCUGAAUUUUGCUUGCUCCAAACCCAACUUACUGUGUUUAAAGAAAAGAAAAACCCAACUUGCUCAACACUUCCCCUGCCCGCCGCAGGCACCCGCAGUCAACACCUAGCACGACGCUAACCUGUCCAGCGCCUCCACCUCCUCCCCCUCCGGCUAGGCAUUCCGUCGAGCACCAGCCCAGCCCCCGACCCAACGACCGCCGCCGCAGCCAUGCUCCUCACGAAGCCCCAGCUCUCUUCCUCCCUACUCGCAUCCACGCCGCUCUUUACCCCCGCAUCCACCCCCAACCACGCCAAGCCAAUCGUCGCCUCUCACGCCCCCGGCCGCCGCCUCCGCAUCUCCGCCACAUCCACGGCGGUCUCGCCGGGGGCGACGGCGCUCAGCCGCGUCGACGUGCUCUCGGAGGCGCUCCCCUUCAUCCAGCGCUUCAAGGGCAAGACGGUGGUGGUCAAGUACGGCGGCGCCGCGAUGAAGUCCCCCGAGCUGCAGUCGUCCGUGAUCCGCGACCUCGUCCUCCUCUCCUGCGUCGGCCUCCGCCCCGUCCUCGUCCACGGCGGCGGGCCCGAGAUCAACUCCUGGCUGCUCCGCGUCGGCGUCGAGCCGCAGUUCCGCAACGGCCUCCGCGUCACGGACGCGCUCACCAUGGAGGUCGUCGAGAUGGUGCUCGUUGGCAAGGUCAACAAGAACCUCGUCUCCCUCAUCAACCUCGCCGGCGGCACGGCCGUCGGCCUCUGCGGCAAGGACGCGCGCCUCAUCACCGCGCGCCCCUCCCCCAACGCCGCAGCCCUUGGCUUCGUUGGCGAAGUCGCGCGGGUGGACGCCUCAGUCCUCCACCCCAUCAUCGCCUCUGGCCACAUCCCGGUCAUUGCCACCGUGGCCGCCGACGAGACAGGGCAAGCCUACAACAUCAACGCGGACACGGCUGCAGGUGAGAUUGCCGCUGCGGUGGGCGCAGAGAAGUUGCUGCUGCUCACAGAUGUGUCUGGGAUACUGGCGGACCGUAAUGACCCUGGGAGCCUGGUGAAGGAGAUUGAUAUCGCUGGGGUGCGGCAGAUGGUAUCCGGUGGGCAGGUUGCUGGUGGAAUGAUCCCAAAGGUGGAAUGCUGCGUGAGAGCUCUCGCCCAGGGUGUGCACACUGCAAGCAUCAUCGAUGGGCGUGUCCCGCACUCGCUGCUGCUCGAGAUUCUCACAGAUGAGGGCACUGGCACAAUGAUCACUGGCUAAGGUGUACAAUGCCUCCUUGGUUCUUGUAAAAUUUCAAGCGCCAGUACAGGCGCGCAGAGCUAAGUGCGAGUGAUGGAUAGAACUGUGGAAACCAAGUGGAUGGAGAAAAGGUCUUCGAUUGAGCGCUGCUACGUCAAGGGCCAAAUUAUGCUAGCCAUGAGGAUGCGGGAGACUGAGAUGGGUUGAUUCUUCUCGUCGGUUCGACCACCAUGUCAUGGGCAUAGUGAACUCCACCCACAUCUAAAAAGGAACGGUGCCUGCCUUCUUUUCAGUAUUUAAUUUACCGCAUUCAUCGAAACUCUUACGCUGCUACAUCUAAUUUGUUGGACGGGGAUAUUGUGAGAGAAAAGAGGAGGAAAUCUGUGACCACUGUGCUGGUCGUUGCAGAAUCUAUUCCCCAUUAUGUUGCCUGUUUGCUAUUCUUCCGUGAUACUGAAUAUUAUUGGCGUGCAUUGCUUAGUACCCGUAUUGUUUAUUA